CGCCGGGCGUGAUAGCACGGACGCAGCGAACGGAGCGCCGCGCUGAUGCUUCGAGCUCGAGCAGUGUAAAUCCAGCGAGGCAGGCGGCGACCUCACACCUGCUUAUCUGUUAUAUUACCGAACCAAACCGCGAGAUUCCUUAAGACCUACCGCCAUUCGCGUUUAACCAACAUCCAUGCGAUUCUUCAGGCUCACCUUUAAGUGCUUUGUCGACUGCUUCUGAGAGCCUUAUAUUCCUCGUCUGCCGGCGACGCACGUCAAUUAUUAUAAUUCAGAGCUCAAUCUCGUCCACAUUCUGCUGAAGAUCAAUUCUACACAAACAAUCAGACCGCAAACCCACGGGAAAGUAAUAAACCACGCGAAUUAAAAACAAAUAAAUAAAUCAAACGCGAAGAACCGUUAUUUGUGAAUCUGAGGCGCGCACGCGGCAUGUCGCCAGAAGAGCACUUCUCCAAUGAUUGUGGCACAUGUGAGGAUGAGUCUCAGGAGGAAGCAGAAGUCGCACGUCCUUUGGUAUCAGAGACUGAGGGGUCCAGUGUGGAGGUUGCUGAGCCCAGAGCUGGCACAGGUCUGAUCGAGACCGGUGACCCCGCAUCAGAACUGGGGCGUUCGGAGAGACAGACCUGGAGCAGGCAGAUGGACUUUAUCAUGUCCUGUGUUGGUUUUGCUGUUGGCCUUGGAAACGUCUGGAGAUUUCCUUACCUCUGUUAUAAGAAUGGAGGAGGUGUGUUUCUGAUCCCCUAUCUCCUGAUGGUGGUUGUUGGAGGUGUUCCAGUCUUCUUCCUGGAGAUCGCACUGGGUCAGUUCAUGAAACAGGGUGGGGUCGCCACGUGGAACAUCGUGCCUCUUUUUAAAGGGCUUGGAUUGGCAUCAAUGGUGAUCGUGUUCUUCUGCAACACCUACUACAUCAUGGUUCUGGUGUGGGGCCUGUAUUUUCUGGCUCACUCCUUCACUUCCCCUCUGCCGUGGGCAACAUGUGGACACGAGUGGAACACGGCCAACUGUACCACUAACUUCAGCCGCGUGUGUCUCAAUCAGUCACUGUCCUCUUCCCCUCCCAACGUCUCCUCGCUCAACACCAGCUGUCUGGAGCACACGGGUUUGAGAUCAUCUGUUAUGGAGUUCUGGGAGCGUAAAGUCCUCCGUCUGUCUGGCGGUUUGGAUGAAGUGGGUGACAUCAACGGUUACUUGGUCUUGUGUCUGCUUGCUACAUGGGUCAUCGUCUACUUCUGCAUCUGGAAGGGUGUUAAGUCCGCUGGAAAGGUUGUAUAUUUCACUGCGGUGUUCCCGUAUCUGGUCCUGGUGGUCUUGUUUGUUCAUGGGGUCUCACUGCCAGGAGCUGUUAAUGGCAUUAUUUACUACCUGAAACCAAACUGGAGCAAACUCUCAGAGGCACAGGUAUGGAUUGAUGCUGCCACACAGAUCUUCUUUUCUUAUGCUAUCGGUCUGGGGGCCCUGACGGCUCUUGGGAGCUACAACCGAUUCAACAACAACUGUUACCAGGAUGCAUUCAUUCUGGCUCUCAUAAACAGCGGCACCAGCUUCUUUGCAGGAUUUGUGGUUUUCUCAGUUUUGGGAUUCAUGGCGGCCGAACAAGGCGUUGACAUCAGUAAUGUAGCAGAAAGUGGUCCUGGUUUAGCGUUUAUUGCCUAUCCAAAAGCUGUGUCGCUAAUGCCUUUAGCGCCGCUGUGGGCAGUGCUGUUCUUUCUCAUGCUUCUGGUGUUGGGAUUGGACAGUCAGUUUGUUGGUGUUGAAGGCUUUAUUACUGGAAUAAUGGACAUGCUGCCCCCAAAGUCAUUCCUCGGCUCUCUGCGUCGUGAAGUUGUUGUUGCAAUAUGCUGCUUUGUUUGUUUUACUAUUGAUCUUUCCAUGGUAACAGAGGGAGGGAUGUAUGUGUUCCAGCUGUUUGAUUAUUACUCCGCGAGUGGGAUUACUCUGCUCUGGCAGGCCUUCUGGGAGUGUGUGGUGGUGGCCUGGGUGUAUGGUGCUGAUCGCUUCAUGGACGAUGUGGCCCGUAUGAUCGGCUAUCGUCCUCUGCCGUAUAUGAAGUGGUGCUGGUCUUACGUCACUCCGGUAGUAUGCAUGGGUGUUUUCUUGUUUCAUGUGGUCAACUACAAGCGAUUAGUGUAUAAUGCGGUGUAUGUGUACCCGUGGUGGGGUGAGGUGCUGGGCUGGUUUCUCGCGCUCUCAUCCAUGCUUUGCAUUCCUCUCACCGUCCUCUACAAACUGCUGCACUGCAAAGGCUCUCUCAUGGAGCGUUGGCAGCAUCUGACGACACCUGUCUGGGGUCGACAUCACCUCGAGUUCCUUCCACCUGAGAAUGAAGCCAGACUUCUACCAAAGGCAGAAGAGAAUAAAAACACACUGUUAUAUGAAAGUGUCAUUUAAUAUCCUGGCCAGCACUAGCAAAUGAUCAAGGCCUUGUGCACACAUACACACAGUGGUGUUCGCUCUGUCAUGAUCAAGAGAAUCAUUCAAGUCAAGUCCAUACUACACAGCAGAGCAUCUAUAUGCCAUUAACAUACACCGUCAUCCCACUAAAGCACUUCAACUGCAGCAGAGCCUGCGCAGUAAUAAUGCUGAUCUUCUCUCAGUGUGUUAUAUUUCAAAAGAAGGCCUCAGAGAAGCUCAUCACGCAUGCUUGUGUUUGAGUGACCGUUAUCUGCCAGUGUGCUGAUGUUGUUCAGUAUUAUGUCUUUGUGUUUGGUGAGAUCUUACAGCAGUGUUGUGGAGCAGAGAGUGGGCUAAUUAUUUAUUAAAACCCAUUUUCAGACCAAAA